AUGAAUCAUCGUUUAUAUCUUUUUCAAUCCAUACUUGAUCGUGGCUUGGGAAGGUGUCGACGACAAGAUGAUCUUCCACCAUUGCCAAGCUACGAAGAUGCUACCAAAUUACCUCCACUCAUCAGGCCACAGCUGAGUGAAGUAGAAGCGGUGACAGAAGAGGAGGUGGUUAAUGAUGAUUCCCACUCACGUGAACUGCGCGGUAGUGGCAAUUCGAUCGCUGAGACCAAUGAAGAAACAUCGACUGCGCAAGCUCCAUCAACAUUAUUAGAACCACCCGCUCCAAUACCGCACUCAGCAUCUGCGCGCAUGGAAAUUUUCACCACUGAAAGUAGCUCCAAAUUUGAUAAAAAUUUACCAGCGAGGAGAAGUAUUUGA